AACUAGUUGUGGAGAAACUAUGGGAUGCAUCGUCAUGGCAACAGACCAGACGUCACAAUCUGGGCAUGUGUGUUCCAUUUUUGUCUUUCUUAUUUUUCAGACUGGAAGACCUGGAUAUAGAUCUGUAGGGAAAAGAAUAUAAAUGUUCAUUUUGUAUUUUUUUUUUAUCCUGGAGAAAAAAAAAGCCGGUUUUGACUGCAAGACUUAAAAAAAAAUCCACUGAGCGAGUUCUUUUUGGGUGAAGAAAGAGACUGUGCUGCGGCGUCUGGAGGGUUAACUUUCAGUAUUCCCAGCCUAAAAGGGGUUUGGGGGCUAUGAGAUAAAGAUGCCGGGGUCGCUGAGUAAUGAAGACGAGGGACAGGACGACAUGGAUUUUGAAGACGAUAUGCCAGAUGAAGAUGACGAAACUGAGCGCAACACCGUUCCCCUCACGGCCCUUGCGAGCUUCUUCUCUGAUGAUGACUCCCUCAAAAAGCAGAAGAAGAAAAAGCCCAAAAAGAUAAAAGAGGGGAAAAUACCCAAAGUUAAGAAGAGGAAAAAAGAGGGAGGAAUACAGCCAAGACUUGACAGUGACCUCGAGGAGAUUUCAGAGGUAGAGGAGGAACGUGAACGGCCAGAAAUUGGCUCUGAGAGCGAAAGCAGUGCAUAUGGCCCCACCAAAAAAAAGAAGAAAAAACCCAGGGAGAAAAAAGAAAGGAAGCCCAGGAAGAAGAAGAGAGAUGAGGAUGACGAUGAUGAUGACGAUGAUGAUGGUAACAUGAAAGAACCCAAAUCCUCUGGCCAGCUGAUGCAAGAAUGGGGUCUUGAGGAUGUUCAGUAUGGGUUCACGGAGGACGACUACAAAACAAUCACCAAUUACAAGGCUUUCAGCCAGUUCCUCAGGCCCCUCAUUGCCAAGAAGAAUCCGAAGAUUCCCAUGUCAAAGAUGAUGACAGUGUUGGGAGCCAAGUGGCGUGAGUUCAGUGCCAACAACCCGUUCAAAGGGGCAUCUGCCACCGCUGUGGCCGCUGCGGUGGCCGCUGCGGUGGAAACGGUUACUGUAGCUCAGCCAACAUCUGUCAGCAUCAGCCAGCUGAGCUCUCAGCAGGGCACAUUAAAAAAAGCCAAAACCAAAGAAGGAAAAGGGCCAGGAGUUAGAAAGAAAAGCAAGACCUUAAAAGAAGUGAAGAAGAAACCGAAGCCGAAGAAGACCAAAUCAAAAACUGGUCAAAGUGGGAAGAAGAAGAAAGCAUCCUCUAGCGAGGAGGACUUUUUGGAGGAGUCAGACUUUGAUGACAUCAGUAUCCACAGUGCCUCUGUGCUUUCUGAUACCUCUGGGGCCACAAAGAAAAAGGCCCGACGUGGGCGGAGAAAAAGGAAAAAGGAGGACGGCGAUGGCUAUGAGACUGACCACCAGGACUACUGUGAGGUUUGCCAGCAGGGAGGAGAAAUUAUCCUCUGUGACACUUGUCCAAGAGCCUACCACCUUGUCUGUCUGGAUCCCGAGCUGGAAAAGGCACCUGAGGGAAAAUGGAGCUGCCCACACUGUGAGAAGGAGGGAAUACAAUGGGAGGCCAAAGACGAAGAAGAGGAGGAGGAGGAGCCAGCAGGUGAGGAAGAGGAUGACCAUAUGGAGUUCUGCAGAGUUUGCAAGGAUGGAGGGGAACUUCUUUGUUGUGACACCUGUCCAUCAUCCUACCACAUCCAUUGCCUCAAUCCACCUCUACCUGAGAUCCCAAACGGGGAGUGGUUGUGUCCUCGCUGCAUGUGUCCUCCUCUCAAAGGUAAAGUGCAGAAGAUUCUCCACUGGAUGUGGGGAGAACCGCCGCUGCCAGCUGAGCCACCCGCAGGCCCUGAUGGCAAGCCAAUUGAUCCACUAACCAAGCCCCCGCUCAAGGGGCGCCCAGAGAGGGAAUUCUUUGUAAAGUGGGCUGGCCUUUCAUACUGGCACUGUUCCUGGGUCAGCGAACUGCAGUUAGAGCUGUACCACACAGUCAUGUAUCGGAACUACCAGCGGAAGAACGACAUGGACGAGCCCCCACCAUACGAUUACGGCUCAGGAGAGGAGGAGCUCAACAAUGAGAAGAGGAAGAGCAAAGACCCCCAGUACGCUGCAAUGGAGGAGCGCUUUUACCGCUACGGCAUUAAACCAGAGUGGAUGAUCAUCCACCGGAUACUCAACCACAGUUUUGAUAAAGAUGGUGAUGUGCAUUACCUAAUCAAGUGGAGAGACUUACCCUAUGAUCAAUGCACUUGGGAGGCAGAUGAUUUUGACGUCCCAGAGUAUGAGAUCCACAAAGCUUUUUACUGGGACCACAGAGAGCAAAUUUUAGGAGAGGACCAACGCCCUCUUGUGGUAAGAAAAGGGAAGAAACUAAAAGAGAACUACCCAAAAAGGGAAGUCCCUCCUGAUGCCCCCAUCAUAGAUCCAACCAUCAAAUUUGAGCACCAGCCCUGGUAUAUUAAUGCCACAGGGGGAACGCUGCACCCAUACCAGCUGGAAGGUCUGAAUUGGUUAAGAUUUUCCUGGGCUCAGGGAACAGAUACCAUCCUGGCAGAUGAAAUGGGCCUCGGAAAAACGGUUCAGACAAUAGUCUUUCUCUACUCACUGUAUAAGGAGGGCCAUUCCAAGGGGCCUUUCUUGGUGAGUGCACCUCUGUCUACUAUCAUCAAUUGGGAGAGAGAAUUUGAGAUGUGGGCUCCAGAUUUCUACGUGGUGACUUACACCGGAGACAAAGACAGCAGGGCAAUUAUCAGAGAGAAUGAAUUCACCUUGGAAGACAGCGCAAUAAAAUCUGGACGCAAGGUCUUCCGGAUGAAGAAAGACUCUCCUAUCAAGUUUCAUGUGCUGCUGACAUCUUACGAGCUGAUCACUAUAGAUCAAGCCAUUCUUGGCUCCAUCACCUGGGCCUGCCUGGUUGUAGAUGAGGCUCACAGACUGAAGAACAACCAAUCAAAGUUUUUCAGGAUUCUUAAUGGGUAUAAGAUCUACUACAAGCUGCUGCUCACUGGUACUCCUCUGCAGAACAACCUGGAGGAGCUUUUCCAUCUACUUAACUUCCUCACCCCAGACCGCUUCAACAACCUGGAAGGCUUCCUUGAGGAGUUUGCAGAUAUCUCUAAAGAGGACCAGAUCAAGAAGCUCCAUGACCUCCUUGGACCUCACAUGCUCCGGCGGCUGAAAGCUGACGUCUUCAAGAACAUGCCGGCGAAGACAGAGCUCAUUGUCAGAGUGGAGCUCAGUCCCAUGCAGAAGAAAUAUUACAAGUUUAUUUUGACGCGAAAUUUUGAGGCUCUGAACUCCAAAGGGGGAGGAAACCAAGUGUCCCUGCUCAACAUUAUGAUGGACCUGAAGAAGUGCUGUAACCACCCCUACCUGUUCCCUGUUGCUGCUGUGGAGGCUCCUGUUUUGCCAAACGGUUCUUAUGAUGGCAACCUGCUGGUGAAGUCUUCAGGAAAACUAACCCUGCUUCAAAAAAUGCUGAAGAAACUCAAAGAUGAAGGACACAGAGUUCUUAUUUUCUCUCAGAUGACAAAGAUGUUGGAUCUGCUUGAGGAUUUUCUGGAGUUUGAAGGCUAUAAAUAUGAACGUAUUGAUGGGGGGAUUACUGGAGGCUUACGGCAGGAAGCAAUUGAUCGUUUCAAUGCUCCAGGGGCACAGCAAUUCUGCUUUUUGCUUUCAACGCGAGCCGGAGGUCUCGGCAUCAAUUUGGCUAGUGCAGACACCGUCAUCAUCUAUGACUCUGACUGGAAUCCACACAAUGACAUCCAAGCUUUUAGCAGAGCCCACCGAAUUGGCCAAAACAAGAAGGUGAUGAUUUAUCGUUUUGUGACUCGGGGAUCUGUGGAGGAGAGAAUCACUCAGGUGGCAAAGAGAAAAAUGAUGUUGACUCACCUGGUGGUGAGGCCCGGCCUGGGCUCCAAAACUGGUUCCAUGUCCAAGCAAGAACUGGACGACAUCCUCAAGUUUGGAACUGAGGAGCUUUUUAAGGAUGAGAUGGAAGCAGCACGAACCAUGGGAGAUAACAAAGAUGGUGAGGAGGGCAACGUCAUUCACUACGAUGACGAUGCCAUUUCAAAGCUACUGGACCGCAGCCAAGAUGCCACCGAGGACACAGAGAUACAGAACAUGAACGAGUACCUGAGCUCGUUCAAGGUGGCGCAGUAUGUGGUGAAAGAAGAAGAUGAAGAGGAGGAGGUAGAGCGAGAAAUCAUCAAGCAAGAGGAGAAUGUGGACCCAGAUUACUGGGAAAAGCUCCUCCGCCAUCAUUAUGAGCAGCAGCAGGAGGACCUGGCCCGAAAUCUGGGAAAAGGCAAACGCAUUCGGAAGCAGGUCAACUACAACGACGCGACUCAGGAGGACCAAGAAUGGCAGGAUGAUCUUUCAGACAAUCAAUCGGAGUAUUCCGUGGGGUCCGAAGAUGAGGACGAAGAUUUUGAAGAGAGGCCCGAAGGUGGACGCAGGCAGUCUCGUCGACAACUUAAGAAUGAGAAAGACAAACCUCUACCCCCCUUACUGGCACGUGUUGGAGGCAGUAUAGAGGUCCUUGGGUUCAACACUCGCCAGAGGAAAGCUUUCCUCAAUGCCAUCAUGCGCUGGGGCAUGCCUCCUCAGGAUGCUUUCAACUCGCACUGGCUGGUCCGGGACCUUAGAGGGAAGAGCGAGCGCGAGUUUAGGGCCUAUGUGUCUCUGUUUAUGAGACAUUUAUGUGAGCCAGGUGCAGACGGAGCGGAGACCUUUGCGGAUGGAGUCCCCCGUGAGGGCCUGUCUCGACAGCAUGUUCUCACCAGGAUCGGAGUCAUGUCGCUUGUCAGGAAAAAGGUGCAGGAGUUUGAACAUGUAAAUGGGAAGCUGAGCUCUCCAGAUCUGAUUCCCAUUGGAAUGGAGCUGAAGAAACUGACUGAAAGUGUGUCUUCAGAUCCCAACACCCCAGUGCCAGCCAGCCCUGUUGCUACACAGCCCAGCACCCCCGUCCCACCAGAGAAAGCUGAGUUUUUGGUACGAAAUGCUGAAGAUAAGGAGACUACAGAGACAGAUGGAAAGAAACUAUCUGAGCAGGAACAAGCUCCCAUUGCAGAGCUAGCAUCUGCACCUGAGAAGGCUGCUGACAGUGACGAGACGAAGGCAACCUCAGAAGAGAAAACAGGAGAUGAGAGGAACAGAACCAAAUCCCCCAUGACAAAGGCCGAGCCACCUGCCUACCCAAAAGAGUCUGCUUUCAAGCCGGCAGAGCUGCCAUCUAGUCAUACCUCACCUAAGACGGACCCCUGCAAAGAAGCCGAGAAGUCCUCUGAAAAAGGAGAGGCUGGUUCUCCUCGGGAAAAAACUGAAGACAAAGAAAAUAAGCCAGAUGAUGUGAAGAGUGAAGAUGCAUUAGAGGGUCGAUUGAACGGAGACAAAGACACUCUUGAUGAGCUGGAUGAGAGCAGAAGAGAGGACAAAAAUGGAUUCAAAGCCAAGUUCAUGUUUAAUAUCGCAGAUGGAGGUUUUACGGAGUUGCACACCCUGUGGCAAACCGAGGAGCGAGCGGCUCUUUCGUCUGGAAAAAUGCAUGACAUCUGGCAUCGUCGCCAUGACUACUGGCUGCUUGCUGGCAUCGUAACACAUGGCUAUGCUCGCUGGCAAGACAUUCAGAAUGAUCCCCGAUAUGCUAUUCUGAAUGAGCCAUUCAAAACAGAGAUGCACAAAGGGAACUACUUGGAGAUGAAGAACAAGUUCCUGGCGCGGCGCUUUAAGUUGUUGGAACAGGCAUUGGUGAUUGAGGAGCAGUUGCGACGGGCAGCUUACCUCAACAUGACCCAGGACCCCAGUCACCCUGCCAUGGCUCUCAAUACGCGCUUUGCUGAGGUGGAAUGUUUGGCCGAGUCCCACCAACACCUCUCCAAAGAGUCUCUGGCUGGGAACAAGCCUGCCAAUGCUGUGCUUCACAAAGUGCUGAACCAGCUAGAGGAACUUCUGAGUGACAUGAAAGCAGAUGUGACACGACUUCCCAACAUGCUGUCCAGAAUCCCACCAGUGUCGGCUCGUUUGCAAAUGUCGGAAAGGAGCAUCCUGAGCCGCCUCACCAGCAGAGGCAGCGAACCUCCACCACAGCAGCCUUUUAGCCAGGGAGGCUUUGGCUGCUCUCAGAUGUACAGCAGCGGUUUUGGUGGGGGAUUCAGAGGACCAGGCGGACAGCCUAUGGUCAACUACAGCCAGAUGCCCCUUGGACCUUACGUCAGCGUGUCAUCCAAUGGCCCCCCGCCUCCUACAAGCCAUUUGGACAAGAAAUCACUUGACUCAUUCAGAGACGGGGCCACGCCUGAACUCAAGUCAGGCAAAGCCAGUGAUGUCAUCUGUAUUGAGGACUAGACCAGUUCUGUAUAAUUGACCUGAGGUCAGAAACUCCCAGGGAUGGAAUCUGAAUGGAUGACUGCUCCCCUUGUCUUAUGCUACAUCCUUCAUUUUUUUCCCUCCUAUCUCAUAAUCUGCUAACUGAAGCUCGGCUAUGAGUGGAUAAGGCAAUUAACUUUUUCAUCCGUAUACAUGUAUCUAUCAAAAAAAGUUGCACUUUUAUCUUUCAAGGAUCCUAUAGAGGUGUUUCAGUAGCUAUUUGCUUUAUUUGUAGAAAAACUGAGAAUCAGGAGGGAAGAUGAAGCAGUUUUUUUUAGAAGAGGACUUUGGAAGGUCUGCACUAUAAAGUAAAACUCAAUCAAGUCAAGAGUCAGAUGCUCUUUAUUGGAGCUUGUCUUUAUCUUUUAAUGUAAGUUUUAUUUAUUUAAUUUUUGCAAGCUGUGACUUUGUAAAUUUGCUUGCAACCCCUUGCUUUUCUGGAUUUGCCAACCCCUUUACACUGUGACUGUGCUGCUCUGAAGCUUGUUCUAUGUGAAGAGGAGAGAAAUUCAGUUGUUGUUUGACUCGAUAGUUUUUGAACAUGAGUAUCUUCAAAGUUACUGUACAUGAACAUGUGUUUUUAUCCUUUAUGUUAUAGAAUAUUGGUGAUCGAGGAAAUCAAAACCUUUACCAUGUACUGUAUGCUUUUGCAAAAAGUUUAUCUGAAUCCUGUGAAGACUGCCACCUGCUGGUAACGUUGAGAAAGUAGUUCUUGCUGAACAUGUCGCUACUUCUAGCUGCAUCACCUUUCAAGAGUGGCAUCUUCUGCUGUGCAUAUUAGGAGACUGGAAUUUAUUUUACAUCACGAAGAUCUAAUGAAAGUGAAAAUAACAACAACAGCUAAAACAGAUGUUCAGGUCUAAGCAUUAUUCAUAAAAAUCCAGCCAAAAAAAAUGUAAGUUACAGAAGAUUUUCCAUUUUAAAUUGUUUUGUACUGGAAACAGUUUGUGACUUUUUGUUUGAAUGUCAAUGUUGCUUGUAGUGCUACACCCACAUAAACCACAGUGGGACCAUAAACUGGAACAUUUUUGCUAGGCCUUUCUCUUCAGACCAAGUGAGAGUAAGAACUAACAAGUUUCAUUUUCUCUUUUAUGUCCAAGAACUUUCCUUCUUCCCUUUUUAACAAAAACACAUGCUUAUGUCUCAUUGUCACAUUCAGCUCACGUUAGGAUCUGAGUUUUUGUAUUCUUCUAUUUAAGUUGUAAUAAAAACAGAUGCAUAAACUUACUUGAUGCCAUUAUAAGGGAAUAACCCACUCUUUGAUGCAGUGUCUUUUCUUUACUGAGGCACAGAUUGUAAAAGAGGUGGUGCCACAGUCUAAAGUUGCAUGUGUUCUCAUUCCAAUUUUAAAGGACCAGGGUUGCACAUUGUUACUCUGUGCAGUUUUUUGUUUGUUUUUACUGUUUGUUCUGUUUGUGUUGCUAUCUUUUUAUUUGACUCGUAAAAUGUGUUUGGAGCAUUGGAUUUAACAGAAAACAGUGAUUUUUGUUGCUAAUCUUAUUAUAAACUGAAUAUAUUAACCCUUGCGACUGCUUAGGGACCCUUGCUUACCCGAGAAACCAAGGAAAAUCUGAAUUCAUAUUGGAUAUUUUGCACCAAUUAAACACAUAAUGAGAAAGACACCUUCAUAGUUUCAUAAUCGAAUUAUCUGCUGAAUUUGUCUGAGCUGGGUAUAUGUUUUGUGCACACUCUAAUUGUAACUAGAUUACAGAGUAGUUGGCUUUUUCUAUGGUUGCGUGUGAAUACAACAUUGAACUUACCCUCUGCUCUGCAGUGUGGCAAAAAAAUAAUAUUAAGAAUGAGUACUGUAAUGGGUAAUCCAUGGUACCGUUAAAGACGGUGGGCUUAAAAAUCCAGCCAAAAACAUUUAGAGAUGAACCCCAAAUAAAGCUCUGCUUAGGGUCUCAUACUUACUUGGAACUACCCUGGUUGAACCACAGUGGCGCCCCCAAAAUAUUUGCCUAGAUUUAUUUAACUCAUUUAUGUAUUUAUUUAUUUCAUUUUGCAUUUAUGCAUUGAUGGAAGAAGAUGUCUGGUUGCCCUUUUUUGAAUUGAGUAUAACUUAUUACCAUUUGGCUCCAUAGAUGAUGAAACCACUAACCUCCAAAAAGUCUUCUACACUUUCCUCUGCAGUUUAAGCUCAAAAUUUGUAAGUAUAAAAAAUAUGUAUGCUGAUUUUUUUGUGUUGCUGAAUUCCAGUCUUACAAAUUUCAAAAACACUAACAUUGAAGAAAUCUGUAAGGGGGCAAAUACUUUUAUACAAAAUUGUGUUUGUCUUUUUUUCUCUUUUUCCAAAGUGCAGUGUAUCUUGGUUUCUGUCACUAAUUCCUAACUUAAAUGGCUUUCUACCAGUGAAAAGAUUGUUAUAUGAAAUUGAUCCCAAGUAUUUUUAAUCCUCGAUUGGUAAAUUUAAUAAUUACCUGAGGAUGCUUGUUUUUCUUUCUUCAGUCAGAUUAUACACUUUCAGCAUUUUUACCCAAAAAUCUCUCAACUUGCUUUGGCUGGAAACUCAAUUAAUUUUGCAGACAUUAUAAUUUCGACACCGUCAUGUGAUGUAUCUGGAAAUGCAUCAAAUCAGUUUUCGUGGAAUGUUUCUAGGUGCUUCUUGUUGUCAUCUGUGUUUUUGCUCAUUCCAUCAAAUACUUGACCAUGACAUGUAUUAGGCUAUUAACAGAUAGGACCUCAGAACUUGUAAAUACUUGAACGAUUUUUCAGAAUGAAGCUCGUAUCAUAUAGAUUUCUUUUUCUAUUUGUAAAAAAAAUGAAGAAAAAAAAAACAUGAAUGUCCACUGAAUCGUGUUGCCAUAGAACUGCUAUGUGCACGACAUGUGCUCAUCAAUCAAAUUUAAGUCUUUUUCCUCUGGAGUGGUGACAUCAAACACAAUAUUUCAAUGAAAUGCAAUCAAACUGAAGUCAGUAUGAAUGUACUGUCCGUUUAAAAGACUUCAGUCUAAUAUAAAGAUGUUAAACAAUGUAUGUAUUCCUUAUUAUGAUGGCUUUAAAAGCUAAUAAAAGACCCUGAUAAAAGGCACCUUUGUUGCAGUAAAUGCACAGCAUGUGAAGCGUCUGACGGUUCACUUUCCAGGGGUGGCAGCAUGUCUUUACAGACAAUGAGCUCCAAGCAGUGUUAUGGUUAUGGAUAAUUGUGCUGUAUGGCAAUUGAAUCAAAAAGUGAAAUUGUCAUCUUUUUAUUUGUAUUCUGUGUAUUUGUUCAAUGUGUUUUAGUAAAUACUCUGGACAAGA